UGCAGAAGCCGCUUUUGGGUUGCUUUUGCGUUUUCCUCCGCGAAGCGCACAGAGAGUUUUCCGCCUUGGUGCUGCUCUGGACUUCUUUAUUCUUCUUGUUUGUGGACGUUCAGAGAGGAAGCGACACGUCCACAGGUGCGGGUCCCGCUCAUCCGUUCUCGACGCGUGCACAGGACGCAGCAGGUGCCUUGAAACUCAGUCUGGCUGAAAUCUACCGACAGCGCUGAAAAAUGAGGACCUGUGUUGCACUUCUCGGAGCUGUUCUCGUUCUGCCCAUUAUUCAGGCUGUUUGUCCAGAUAAGGUACCCGGCCUGCAGCCCUGGACCCCCGGCUUUAGUGAAGCCCACCAUGUCACCAUCGGUUAUGGCCGCAAAGUGCUCCUGACCUCCUCUGCCACUGUCCACUCCAUUGAAAUCCUGCAUGGAGGAAAGCUGGUUAUUGCUGAUACGAAUCUGCCCAUCUUGCUGCGAGCCAAACACAUUCUGAUAGGCAACAAAGGGGAGCUUCACAUUGGGAGUGCAGACUGUCCAUAUAAAGGAAACCUCACCAUCUCCCUCUAUGGCAGGUCUGACGACAGCGACGAAGAGCACAGUUACUUCGGGCGUAAGUACAUUGGCGUAGGAACCGGAGGAACUCUGGAGAUUCACGGCCAGAAGAAGCUGUCGUGGACAUUCCUUAACGAAACUCUACAUCCUGGAGAAGGCAAUGAGAACAGUUACCACUUUGAGCGAAGCUGGGGCAACAGGGGCAUCAUCGUCCACAUCAUUGACCCAAAAACUGGAGAGGUGCUUCACAAUGAUAGGUUUGACACAUACCGCAGUAAAGACGAAAGCAGACGACUGGCACAGUAUGUAGAGGGAGUGGAGAAUGGCCAGAUUUUGGCCAUGGUGGUGAACGAUGAAGGAUCCAACAACCUGGAGGAUACAGCCAGGAAGGCUCUGUCCAAGCUGGGCAGCCGUCACUUUCACCGGCUUGGUUUCAGGCAUCCAUGGAGUUUCAUUACAGUGAAAGGAGACACAGCCUCAGCAGUGGAGGAUCACGCCAUUUAUCAAGGAACUAAAGCAUCAUCUGAGGCCAGAAGUGUCCAGGCCUUCCACUCCGGCUAUGGAGAACGUUUCACCAUCACCACUGUCAGCCAGUGGGUCCAGGAGGCUGAGUGGACCGAGUGGUUUGACCGUGAUGACGAAAGAGGCUCAGGAGACUGGGAGAAGCUUUCAGACCUCCAUAAGGCGUUUCCUGAGCGACUGUGCAGCAACCCCUUGGAUAUUGAGGCUGAAACCCUGGACGGCAUCCCUGCCAACAUGACGGGCGAAGUGUUCUCCAAGUUUGACAAAAACUAUGGCUUUGUGUGCCUCAACAAGGACCAGCCACAAGGAAUCUGCCACAACUACCGUGUCCGCUUUCUCUGUGGCAAACUUGUCCGUCCACAGGCUUCCAUCUCCAUAGACACCCACUCCAACUGUAGUAUCCUGGAACUAGCAGAUGAAGCUCAAGGCUGGCAGCCAGGCGACAGGCUGGUGGUGGCCAGCACUGAUUAUUCAAUGCACCAGGCUGAAGAAUUCAGCGUUCUGCCCUGUCCCACCUGCACCAGCAACCAGGUCAAAGUAGAAGGUAAGCCUCAGUUCCUCCACAUGGGAGAAAUGGUGGAUGGGGUGGACAUGAGGGCCGAGGUCGGGCUCCUGAGCCGGAACAUCCUGAUCCGAGGAGAGAUGGAGGCCGGUUGCUAUGGCAGCGAAGCCUGCAAGUUCUUCAGCUUCGACACGUUUGGGGGACACCUGAAGGUGGAGCAUGGUUUCAGAGCAGUUCACAUUCAGGGUGUUGAGCUUGUGCACAUGGGUCAGCAGUCUAUGGGCCACUACCCCGUCCACUUCCACAUGAACGGAGACGUUGACCAGCGUGGGGGUUACGACCCACCCACCUACGUCAAGGACCUGUCUAUCCACCACACCUUCUCUCGCUGUGUCACUAUCCACGGCUCCAAUGGCCUGCUGGUGAAGGACGUUGUAGGUUACAAUGCUCUGGGUCACUGUUUCUUCACGGAGGAUGGCCCUGAGGAGAGGAACACGUUCGAGCACUGCCUCGGUCUGAUGGUGAAGGCCGGCACUCUGCUGCCCUCUGACCGCGACAGCAAGAUGUGUCGGGACAUCACAGACGGCGCUUACCCUGGCUACGUGGCCAAACCGCGACAAGACUGCAGUGCCACCUCCACCUUCUGGAUCGCUAACCCCAAUAAUAACCUGAUUGACUGUGCGGCUGCAGGCUCAGAGGAAACCGGAUUCUGGUUCAUUUUCCACCACGUCCCCACGGGUCCAUCAGAGGGCAUGUACUCUCCCGGCAAGACAGAGCACACUCCUAUGGGGCACUUCAUCAACAACAGAGCACACUCAAACUACAGGGCAGGGAUGAUCCUUGACAAUGGGGUAAAAACCACCCAGGCUAACGCCAAGGACAAGAGACCCUUCCUCUCACUCGUAGGGGCCAGGUAUGGCCCCCACCAGGACGCUGACCCCUUCAAGCCCAGGGUACCUGCCCUCAUCCACCACUUUGUGGCGUAUAAGAACCAGGACCAUGGAGCCUGGCUCAGAGGAGGAGAUGUCUGGCUGGACGACUGCCAGUUUGCUGAUAAUGGAAUUGGCCUUACUCUUGCCAGUGGAGGUACCUUCCCAGAUGAUGAUGGCUCCAGGCAGGAAGUGAAGAACUCUCUGUUUGUGGGAGAGAGUGAGAACAAAGGGAUGCCAACACCGGACAGCCGCACCUGGGGGCCUGGGGGCUUAGACCACAUUGGCCGGACCCUCCCCAGAGGAGUGGAUUUCCCCAUUCGUGGCAUGCAGAUCUACGAUGGUCCCAUCAACGUCCAGAACUGCACCUUUCGCAAAUACGUGGCUCUGAAUCGACGGCACACAAGUGCUUUCGGGUUCCGUCUGAACAACUCGUGGCAGAGCUGUCCCAACAACAACGUCACUGACAUCACCUUCGACAGCGUCCCGAUCACCUCCCGCGUGUUUUUCGGAGAGCCGGGUCCGUGGUUCAAUGAGAUGCAGAUGGACGGCGACAAGACCACCAUAUUCCACGAUGUGGACGGCUCAGUCAGCGAGUACCCCGGUGCCUUUCUGGUCAAGGAGGACAACUGGCUCCUGCGCCACCCAGACUGCAUUGACGUUCCUGACUGGAGGGCAGCCAUCUGCAGCGGGCGAUUUGCCCAGAUUUACAUCCAGGCACGGAACCCAGCCAACCUGAACAUGAAGAUGGUGAAGGAUGAGUAUUCAGAGCAUCCACUUGAGCUGGUGGGAGCGCUGGGGAAGAGGAACCACUACCAGCAGUACCAGCCUGUGGUCACACUGGCAAAGAGCUAUACUGUUCACUGGGACAGGGCAGCACCUGCCGAGCUGACCGUCUGGCUCAUUAACUUCAACAGAAAUGACUGGAUAACCGUCGGCUUCUGCUACCCGAAAGGCACGAACUUCACCAUCAUCUCUGACCUUCACAACCGGCUCACGAAGGAGACGAGGAAGACCGGCGUGUUCAUGAGAACCCUUCAGAGAGAGAAGAUGAGCCACACGCACCAGGCGCGAGGUUAUUAUUACUGGGACGAGGACACUGGGCUGCUCUUCCUCAGGGUCCAGGCACACAAUGAUAAGGAUGAUUUUGCCUUCUGCUCAGUGAAGGGCUGUGAAAGGAUCAAGAUUACGGCCAAAAUCCCAAAAGGCAGCGGCCCCAGCGACUGCAUGGAAGUGGCGUACCCCAAAUAUGCUGAAAUGCCUGUGGUGGAUGUGCCCAUGCCCAAGAAACUGCCCCGCUCCAGAUUGCCUCAAGCAUCUGAGCACUUUCUGGAAAUCAAGCUAGAGUCCUACAACACUCGCUUCUUCCACAUAAAAGAGGACUUUGCCUAUACAGAGGUCAAUGGUAAGAAGAUCUACCAAUCAGAAGACGGCGUGCAUGUGACAGUCCUGGAUGGCCAUACUGGCAAAGUGCUGGACACGAAAGGUUUCAGGAACGCUGUGCUGAUGGGCAUCCCGGCUCAGAUCGAGAACUACAUCAACAGCCUAAAAGACGAGUCAAUAGUGAUGAUCACCUCCAAGGGCAAGCUGGUCACAAGGGGGCCUUGGACCAAAAUACUUGAAAAACUGGGUGCAGAGCAGAAUGUGAAAUUGAAAGAUAAACUGGCCUUCGUGGGCUUCAAAGGCAGUUUCCGGCCCGACUGGGUUCGACUGGCUGUGGAUGAGGAGCGAGCGAAGCUGCACCAGGUGCUGCCCAUGCCCAUAGUGAGGGUGAUGAAGCUCUGAGAGAGACGAAGCUCGUCCCUGGACUUUCUCUCUUUCUCUCGCGGACUCUCACUAAAGCAUCACUGCCCACUGCCGGAGCGGAGCGGAGGCGCUCGGGCCCCGGCCGCGCCCGCACAGCCACACAGCAGAAUCUACAGCGUUACAUGAACACCUACAGGGUUCGUUUAAAGGGAUACUCCAGCAUUUGUCAAUGUCGUUUCUACUUGCUGCAUCUGUAUGUAAAAUGGACAAUAAUAACUUAAAAGCACCAAAAAACACAGAAAACUGAAAACGUAUAGUAGACGUCAUUGUGCAGUUUGUGCUUUUAGAACAUCUUCAUGAAUUCUAGUUAAAGGUGUUGGUAAAGUAGGCUGUAAUCUGUAUGAUAUAUAGAGAUGCAACGAUAUGGGAAUUCCAGGCCAAUGCCAAUAUCCGAUAUUUUUCAUGCAUACCUGCCGAUACUAAUGCUGAUACAUAAACAUUAAUAAAAGGCAGAAGUUUUUAGUAUAGUAACCCAGCGUCACCUAAGUGUUCUGCUCUUACGGAGUACAAUAAUGACAUCAAAUAUCGGCUUGAAACAUCAAUCAAAUUUAAACAUCUGUACAGAAGUCCAGAGAGGCCGUAAGCUCUUGCUAUAAUUUUCUGGUGUGUUAUCUUGUGAUAACAAGUUAAAUUUCUUAAGUUAACAACUUUGUUAUCUUGAGAUCACAGUAUAAUUAACUCAUAUAAAGAUAACAACUUUGUUAUCUUGCGCUCUAACAACUUUGUUAUCUUGAGAUCA